CACGGACACGGGUAACGGCCCCAGACGCCUCGAAAAGGGAAAUUGCGCGUCGACCUUACCAAGAUGGUGGGUGCCCUGCGUCAUAAGGCCGCGACUCGUCAAUAACGAACGUUAUCGGCAUUCGAUCGGGCGUCGGCGCGAAGCAAGGAGCGUCUGAUUGAGGAUGCAGGCCAGUAACCCCUGGGACCCAACGGCACCAAAUCCAGCCGCCUGCUUUCUGCAGAAGUGUCUGGGAUCUGGGAUGUUGACACAGGAAGUUUUGGAAUGGAACAAAGUACAGUUCGGAAACUCAGUGCCGUUUGUCCUGCGCUUCAAACAGCUGGAUGCAGUUUCAAACACCAGGGCGGAACUUCAGCAGAAAUCUCUGGAUAUAAAGCUGCUGCAGUUGCAGAAUGAUACAGCAGAUAUUGCCCACCCCGAGUAUCUAGCUGAGAAGUACAAAUGUCUCCAGCUGAUGAACAGCCAUCUGGAGAGGAUCCUACAGGAGAAGAUGAUGCUUAAACAGCGACUGGUGAAGCCUGCUUGCCAUCAGUGCCUGCCUGUUGAAGCCAAUUGUCACAGAUAUGUCUCUGAGCUCCUGACAAGAAUGGUUCAAGUUAUUGAGCAACUUGACACUAAUCUGCAGUUAAUAAAAACCAUCCCUCUGUUGCCACAGAAAGUGAAGACGAUGGAAGAUCUGGUGGGGAGGAUGGUGUCCGAGAUACUGGAGCUGAAGGAAGUGAUGGAGUUUAUCAUGAAGUGGAGGGAGCAGCAGAAGACCAUUGGUUCGGAAUACCUGGACUGGAACAUUUGAGUCGCCCUUCUGGUUGGGAUGGCACUUUUACCAGAGAAGCCAGCUGUUUGUGGAAAGAGUUUUUAAAUUUUAAGAUGAACUGCCAAUGGAUAGGUGCAGGGGCAGAUAUGCUUGUGACUGGCCUACCACUCAGCUGCUUCCUUGGUGAUGGUUAUGGGAGGUGUCUGGCUCAACACUGGAAACCUUCAGUGUCUGUGGAGGGAGAUGGUGUAGAUACGGACCUUUCGCCCUUCCCUAUGCUUCAGUUUGUUUUAUUUUGCCAGCAUUUGCUUCCUCUCACCCAGAUGGUUGUAGGAGUCCAGUUCUAUGUAAAGCUACUCUGAUACCACCUUGAAGGAUGCCAGAUCACUGUGCCACAAACACCCACCUGCUUGUUGCCCCUUGACCAUCCGCAUAGCUUCUAGUAGAGUUGCUGUCACAACUACCAAGUGUAUUCUGGUGACCUCCAUCAUCAUCCCAAGAAUGCCAAAGCCUGUGAUCAGAAGAGAAACACUGGGCCUUCUGCUUUGUCCUUUUCUCUUGAGACAUCUGGUUUUCUGUGAUCCUGGGUGGAUCGGUGUUGGUCCAUCUCAGUCAGACAGAGCCCCAAAAUCACAAGGUACAAGUAGAUCCUCUGUUGUUUAAUGACUGCCUCAUGGGCCUCCAAGGUUAAUUUUCACGUUUUCAGAAUUUGGCUGAAGUGUUGCACAUUUGUAAAUAAAGUUUGUAAUGUUGAACAUAUUUUAGGAUUUACUACUUAAGAUGAGAAGGAGCACUAACUGGGAGCAAAGGUUAGACAACUUUUAUGCUGUGGCUCCGUGUAGCAUCCUGACCUGGAGAAACCUGUGUCAUGGCCUGGAUAGGUGCAGCUGUAACAGGGCUCUCUCCACGACGGAGCAUUUCACUUCAUCAAAAAUGUUGCCACUGUCAGCAGCCUGACUUAGACAGAGAGCUA